AUGAAGACCUCAACAGGAUUUGCCUCGGCUAUGGUGUUGGGACUACUAUUCUGUCCGUUGAGGAGCGCAGUCGUAGGUGGCUUCCAGGGCGCCUUUCCACACCCAUACAAAUACAUCUCCAGCCCCAACGAGUCGGAGCGCUCACCGCAGCAGCCACCACAGAACGGAUUUGUCUCCCGCCAAAUGGGGCCAGUAACGGCCGCGGACGAGGUUCUGGAAUCCAGCCAAGAAGCCCUACACGUCACGGAGCGCCGGUACCUCAAACUGGACUGGUGCAAGACGCAGCCGCUGAAACAGGCGAUUCACGAAGAAGGAUGCCUCAGCCGCACUAUAAUCAAUCGCUUCUGUUACGGGCAGUGUAACUCCUUCUACAUCCCCCGACACAUCUACCAAGAUGACGGGGCUUUCCAAUCGUGUUCCACCUGUAAGCCGAAAACAUUCACUACCGUCACCUACACCCUCAUCUGUCCUGGCCAGUCACCCAGCACCCAGAAGAAACGCGUGAAGCGCGUAAAGACGUGCCACUGCGCUUCCAUAGACCUGGAUUAG